UUUCAUGUGCCUGUAUUUGGUGUUGGGGGUCACUAUCUGGGGUUUUCGAUAUCUGCAGUUUAGUUUCUGAGCAAAUACUGACGUCCGUUUUGUUGUUAGGUCACAGAUAAGAGGUUACUAGAUGAAGUCAUGAAUGGUUCGAUGAGUAAUAAUGAAAGCAGAGUCAAAGAAGACGGAUACAUAUACAUGGUUCUCGAAUACGGUGAAAUUGAUUUGGCUCAUAUGCUAUCUCAAAAAUGGAAGGAACUAGAUGACUCGGAUUCAAUUAUAGAUGAAAACUGGCUUCGAUUUUACUGGCAGCAAAUACUUCUUGCUGUUAACACCAUACAUGAGGAACGGAUAGUCCACUCGGACCUAAAGCCAGCUAAUUUCCUUCUUGUCCGAGGCUCACUAAAGCUGAUUGAUUUUGGUAUAGCGAAGGCUAUAAUGAGUGACACAACCAACAUCCAACGUGAUUCACAGGUGGGUACUUUAAGCUACAUGUCCCCUGAAGCCUUUAUGUGUAAUGAGACAGAUGCAAAUGGCAAUACCAUUAAGUGUGGUCGGCCCUCAGAUAUCUGGUCAUUAGGAUGUAUCCUUUACCAAAUGGUUUAUGGGAGAACACCCUUUGCAGAAUACAAAACUUUCUGGGCGAAAUUCAAAGUUAUAACGGAUCCAAACCAUGAAAUCACAUAUGAACCUUUGUCCAACCCCUGGCUACUUGAUCUUAUGAAGAAGUGUCUAGCAUGGGACCGAAAUGAAAGAUGGAGGAUUCCUCAACUACUCCAACAUCCUUUCCUUGUUCCCCCUGUUCCGCCACAGUUACCUGCUCCUCCGGAGCAAAGCUGUACACUGCUUCAGUUAAUUGCUAAAUCAUGUGAAAAUGAUGGAAAGGCAUCGAUGCUAUGUAUGCAACUCCAAAAUUUACUAGUGCACCCCAGUCAAAUAUCUCAUGAGGCAUUAACUGUAUGCCAAUACCAGAAGUUGCUGUGUGAUGUGUCAGCACUCUGUCUUCAACUCCAAAAACAGUUGGGAAACACAGAAAGAGGCACAAAGAUGUAAUGUUAAAGAUGAUUUACGCAUUAAGCCUUCUUUGGUUCCUAGGUUCUUUAUGAUUUUUGGCAGUUACAAGGGUCUUCAUCUUUGAAGCCUUCUGCCGAGUUACCGCUGUGUAUGCUAAAACUAUUCGAAACAACGUGGCGAUUGCCACCUGGUUUUGAUUUCUUGAAGUGGCUUGCAGAUAAUAGGUGAAGAACUGUUGUAACUUUGCCCAGGAAACGACUCCUAUGUGUGUGCACGUGUUGGUAAAAUGUUCUGCAAAAUGCAUAAUGCCAUUUUCAUCUGUAGUAAUGCUCACUGCUCAGGCUAAUUUAUACUUCCGGUUUUUAGUCUUUUUAGCUCAGAAAUCGUGUUAAAAUAUCGAAUUGAAUUGAGAGAUGUAGAAUGAACAAGCCAUUUGGAUAGAGAUGGCUGCAAUUUCAACAAACUUGUAAAAAAAAGUUAAUUUUCUUAUUAUUUAUAUCCAUGGCAUCU